AUGAACGUCUUCAAAUCAUACCUCUUCCUCUUCUGCUUCAUUUGCUUCAUUUCAUCUUAUUAUUCUCUCGAGAUUAGUCGGCUUCGAGCUCGAUCAUUAGCCAAUCCAAACACUCCCCGAACGAUAUCGGCCGCCACCAAAUCAGCAGAAACCCUUGACGACGCAGAAGACUUGGUGCGUCUUGGCAGUCCAGGCGCCAACUCGCCCAUCUUAGAGGGCUUUAGACCUCAUGGUGAAGAGGUCCCCCGUGUCCCAAACCGGGAAGAAGCCUUGGGGGAUCCACAUUUUACAGCCACACAACCUCGAAAGGAGCAGGAAUUCCAGGGCUCUGGUGAGCCUUCAAAAGCUGGAAACCCUGAUCCUGUCGCAGCAGACUCCUCUGGAAAAGGUAAAAUCCUGGGUUCAAAAAUCAAGUCAAUAUUUGCUGCAUUUUAUCAGAUUCUGAUAGCACCAUUUCAGGGCUUUGCAAAAUACUGGAGUGAUUUGAAGUAUGCCCACAAGGUUGUCUUCAGGAAGCCUCGGCAUGGAGACUCGGAGAUUGUUAGAUUUGAGAAUGCAAGGGAUACAAUUGGAAAGUACCUUGCUUUGAAUGAACACAACCUUGAAUUAGCCAAUGGAGAACCUUUCAAUUUGAAGUCUUUAGCCAAGACUCUUGAGGAGAAAUUCUCGGUCUAUCCCUACUACCUGGACAAGGCUCAGAGGGAGUCAUUUUACGAAGAGUACCUCCAAUGCCUCAAAAAAUACCAGCUUAUUGUUGAUGGAAAAAAUGUUCCUAGGAAAAGCUGGAUGUCCGAGCUUCCUGCUGAACACCUUCCUGAUCAUGCAAAGAUUAUGGAUGACCUAACAAACUCGUUGAAAGACCUGAAUGAACCAGAAAUCAAAAAACCGUUUCAAACGGAAUUGGAGCAAGCAAUUGACACCACUUUUGAUGGAGCCAAAGGAAAACUUGACAAAGAAGAGGUUAAAUCAGCAUUCAUGAGUAUGAUUCCAAAGGGAAAAUCUGGAAAUAAAAUUAACCUGGAGAGGCUUGCUAGUGCUCGGGAAGUUCAGUUAAAGAAGAAAUACCCUACCGACAAAAGAUUCUUGGAUCUUGAGACUGUAUUUCAAAAUCUUCCCCCAGAUCUGGACUUGAAUGAAGUGGUAUUCCGUUAUUCCAUGGUAGAAGGGUUUGAAAACGUUCUGGGCAAAAUACGUCUCAAAUUAAACCCAAUUCUUCAUGAUCAAGCUCAAGCUGGAAUUACCAAGGUGAUCACAAAGCAUUUGAAUCCAAAUUCUGGAGAAGGCUCUCUGUUGGCAAUUGCUUCAGAAGAUGAUUUAGCAUGGAAGGAAAAUGCCUUUAUGAAAUUCUACGGAACACCCGUGAGCCCGUUGGAAUUGUACAGAGGUUUGAAAAGCAAACCAGAUUAUGAGGCAAUAAUUGGUUAUGUCAUCAUGAAAAAUAGUGCUUCACUUAAUUUUCUUCAACAAGCUCAAGCGGAUAUGCUUAUGCAGGCACCCACUCUUAAAAUAUUUACAGACCGAGUAAAAUCAUAUGAAAGAAUAUUUGAGAAAAGUGAAGAUCUCAUGGCAUCUGAAAAAGUAAAAAGUUUGAAGAAUCUGAGAAGAGAAGCUGAAAUACCCUAUCAGUUCCAUCUACCACUUGUCCAGGAGCUGACAGACCUAGGGAUUAUUAAUGGCAAAUUGAUCAAAGCAUCUGGAGGAAAUAAACAAGACUUUUCAAACGCAUUGGGAACCCCUGAAGAGUUCACAAAAGGUGUUAUGGAUCAAUUUGAAACCAAUCUGAACAAACAUCUCAAAGAGCUAUCAUCAAAAAUGACACAGGAAAUAACAAACCAGGCUGCAUCUCGGGUAACUCAGUCACAGCUAAACCAACUUGAUCAUGAUGCCAAGUCUAAAUAUCUCACAACAGAUUCAUUUACAAAACCAAAUUCAUUCCAAUUUGACAAGGCUCUGGAGAUAUAUGAUCCUGAAUUAAAUAAAUUCAUGAAGAAUCCAGCCGACUCAGGUAGCUUAGCAAGAGCUUACAUAGACUCUGUACUUGCUAGAAAGCCUUUCAAAAAGGCACCUGUUGCCUCGGAGAGUCAGAUCAAAAUACAGGAGUAUUUGGAAGAACAUAUUCAGCAUAUUGAAAAUUUGCUUUACCCAGAGUUGUCAGAAAUUGGUGAAUAUUUUGAAAGCAUCCUGAAGCCCAAGGGACAUAUUGCAACCCCAGAUAACUCUCCUCAAUCUUCUCCCGCAAAAAUCAUUCAACAUCCCAAAUAUAUUGACCCUAGACCUAAGUUUGAGAUGUUACUAGAAUAA